GAGAACGCAUUUUUCUCCAUUUUCUUCUCUGCAUCUCUCCUGUCUCUCUCUCCUAGGGUUUUUCUUCCUCUCUCUCUUCUGUCCGUCCAUCAUCAGUACCCAGGAAUUUCUGUUCCGGCCCUUCGAUCUUCUGAUAUCAACUUCAGGGGAUUACGAUUGCCGGAUCUGGUUGCUUUUCCGAUCGAUUUCUGCCUAGCUUCAUCGGAAUUCGUUUGAUCUGUUCGGAUCGGAGGCGGAUCCUUGUCCGAGAUCAUGUUUCUUCUCGAUUGGAUCUAUGGCGUUCUCGCCUCGCUCGGUUUGUGGCAGAAGGAGGCCAAGAUCUUGUUUCUAGGGCUUGAUAAUGCCGGAAAGACUACUUUGCUUCAUAUGUUGAAAGACGAGAGACUAGUUCAACAUCAGCCGACACAGUACCCGACAUCUGAGGAAUUGUGCAUCGGAAAAAUCAAGUUCAAGGCUUUUGAUUUGGGAGGACAUCAGAUCGCACGCAGGGUCUGGAAAGAUUACUAUGCGAAGGUGGAUGCGGUGGUCUACCUUGUUGAUGCCUUUGACAAGGAGAGGUUUGCUGAGUCAAAGAAGGAGCUUGAUGCCCUCCUCUCAGACGACUCACUGGCGACCGUCCCAUUCCUCGUGUUGGGGAACAAGAUCGACAUCCCAUACGCAGCCUCAGAGGAGGAGCUUCGGUACCACCUGGGCCUGAGCAACUUCACCACUGGGAAGGGGAAGGUGAACCUCACGGAAUCAAAUGUCCGCCCCCUUGAGGUCUUCAUGUGCAGCAUUGUCCGCAAGAUGGGAUACGGUGAUGGUUUCAAGUGGCUCUCUCAGUACAUCAAGUAGAAGGUAGGCAGAGGCAGGUACACAUACCCCCCGUCAAUCCCACUGUUUUUUUCGGCGCAGCUGCAGUCUUUUUAAUCUAGGCUUUGAAAUUGAAACAUGUUGUUUUCUGUUCGUUGCUGUUGAAGAACCAACUGCAUGUGGGGUCCAGCGGUUCUUGAUCCCUGAUAUGUUAAGUGAACGUGUAAUCUUAAACGGUCAUAUGAGGUUGGGAACUGCUUGUGUUUGCUAGUUAUUUUACUAUUGUAGGACCAUCUUUUCUUUUUUUGGG